UUUGGCCGCACCCGCCGCCGCCGCCCCUCACAAUCAAGAUGGACUUGAACGCGCAAAUGGAAGAAAUCAGCCGUGAAAAGGAGCGUGUGGCCCGCAUUGCUCGUCUGGCUGAAGAAAAGUAUGCCAUAAAGCAAAAGGAGCUGGAAGAAGAAGCAAAGAAACCAAAGUUCAUGACACAAAAGGAACGCGAAGCGGCCGCGUUGGCACGACUACAGCAACGGGCCAAGACAGGUGCCGCCACGACCACGUCAAGAGCAUCGUCGUCAGUGGCGUCCAAGUUCUCCAAGUUGAACGACUCGUCGUUUGAUCGCCAUCGACAGGCUCAACGCAAGGACAGCAACAACACAUCGACACCAACCAUCACCCGCGAGCAGGAGAAGGAACUCGCGGCGCUGAAAGACCAUUACUUGGGGAAGAAAGUGAACAAGAAGAAGGUGCUCAAGGCGAGCGAAAAGUUCUCAAAGAACUUUCAGUUCGACUGGGAACCAACCGAGGACACGUCUGGGGAAUUGAAUCCCCUGUACAAACGUCGCGACGUCAACCUCCUGUUUGGCCGAGGGUACAUGGCCGGCGUGGACAUGCGCGAGCAGCGCAAGAAGAACAACUUUGUCACAGAAUUGGCGCGGAAGCGGCAGCUCGAGCAGAAGACCGCGGACGAACAAGCCGGCGUCUUGACGGCCGACCAGAUCGCCAAGCGACAGCGGGACCGCGAGCGCGAGCUGCGCAAGAUGCAGGAGUGGGAAGCCAACCGCGAACGAGAAAUCGACACGAUCGAGGCCGAGCGGGUGCUACAUUGGAGCGACAAGUCGCUCGAGAAUAUGACCGACCGCGACUGGCGCAUCUUUCGAGAGGACUUUGAUAUCAUUCUGCGCGGCGGAAAGGCACCGAUCCCUCUGCGCAAGUGGUCGGAAGCGACGUUCCCCGAGUCGGUCAUGGACGCGGUCAAGCUCAUGGGAUUCGAAAAGCCGUCGCCGAUUCAAAUGCAAAGCAUCCCCAUCGGCAUGCAACGGCGCGACUGCAUUGGCAUUGCCGAAACGGGCAGCGGCAAGACGGCGGCAUUUUUGAUUCCGAUCAUUUGCUACGUGAGCUCGGUGCCCGUGUCGAUGGUGACCCGAACGCCGGACCAGGGCCCCCUGGCGCUCGUGAUGGCACCGACGCGAGAGCUGGCGCUGCAGAUCGAAGCAGAGGCCAAACGGCUGUCCCAACUGACCAAAGUCGGCGAAGGCGACACCGAACAUAUCAUCAAGACGCUGUCCGUCGUGGGGGGGCAGAGCAUCGAAGACCAGGGGUUCAAGCUCCGCGAAGGUAUUGACAUUCUGAUCGGCACGCCUGGCCGGCUCAUGGAUUGCAUGCAGAGUCACUACUUGGUGCUCAAUCAGUGCAACUACGUCGUGCUGGAUGAAGCGGAUCGCAUGAUCGAAGAAGGGUUCGAAGACCAGGUCACGGGGAUCUUGGACAACAUGGGCGGGCUGCUCAAGUCAGAAAACGAGGCCGAGCUCGAGGCCCAGCUGAGCACGGCCGACAACGAGUUCAAGUUCCGCGUGACGAUGAUGUUUAGCGCGACGAUGCCCAACGUCGUGGAGAAGCUGGCGAAAACGUACCUGCGGCACCCGGCGAUCAUCAAGAUUGGAGACGAAAACUCGGGCAAGAACAAACGCAUUGACCAGCAAGUGCACUUUUUGAGCGCGGGCAAGAAGCUCGCGAAACUGUACGACACGGUGCGGGAGAUUCUGCGCAACGCCAAGACCAAGGACACGGCCAAGAUCAUCAUCUUCGUCAACGAGAAGAAGGGGUGCGACCUUGUGGCCCGCGCCGUGGGCAAGGAAGGGUUCUACGCGACCAUCUUGCACGGCGGCAAGUCCCAGGACCAGCGCGACGAAAGCCUCAUGGGGUUCCGCGACGGCACGUAUGACAUCCUCGUGGCCACCGACGUGGCUGGCCGAGGGCUCGAUAUCCCCGAUGUCACGCACGUCAUCAACUACGACGUGCCCAAGGAGAUUGAAAAGUACUGCCAUCGCAUCGGACGGACGGGGCGAGCCGGCAAGGAAGGCGUGGCGAUUUCGUUCCUCACUGACCACGACGAAGACAUCAUGUACGACCUAAAGACGUACUUGGAAGCCACCGACAUGCCCGUGCCGCCGCAGUUGGCGAGCCAUCCGAUGGCCAAAGCCGCCGCUGGUGCGCGAGACGACAAGGGCAACAUCAUUUCGAAAUCCAAGCGCGACACGGUGAUUUAUUCCGGUUGAGACGAAACCAAGGAUAUCAUAAAAAUCUCUCUCACAUCCAUAUUAUUUGACGGGCUUCUUGGACAGUAAUAACGAUGAUAAAUCUAUCUCCGACAUCGUGUCGAGAUGUUUUGUGAAAAGAGGUAACGCUA